UCUCUGGCGUAUGUGUCGGAACGCUGUGCGGGUUCACGCCUGUCCCGCUUCGGAAACGGGUUGGUUUCUUUCGUUCUCUAUUCGAUUCAUCGGGGAUCCGACUUUUGAACGGACUCGAAAGAACGUGCACGAUGUGACUCGCGCGACAACCGAGCAACGCGGAGAAGGGACGUGCAGGCGGCCAGACUCCCACCACCCCGGCUGCCUUGGUGAAUAGUCUCAAGAUGCCAUGCAGACCAACAUGGAGGUAGAGCAGGUCAAGGGAUCUAUGGGACAAGAGGAAGAGGAUGAUGCAGCUGGAAAUGAUGACUCCUCCGAACAGAGCCUCAAGACCGAGGAAGGGGACAAUUCCCCAGUGUCGCCUCUCAGCGAGUCAGUCGCGGGCAACAACAAGGAGGGCGUCGCCAUGCCGAAUGGGUCGAGCGACGAAGACGACGACGACAACACGGAUAUCGAGGAGGACGGACAAGACAAGGCUCGCGGGGAACAACAGCUGGAGGUUCGUAAUGGAGAGUUCCAGUUCCAGAUCCAGAGCUUCCACAUAGUGAAUGCACGACAGGGGAAGAAGCAGUACAAGUGUGACGUGUGCACAGGCACGUACCAGCAUGCCUUCAGUCUCAAGAGACACUUUCUCAGGACGCACAUCAACUACCGAUACUUGUCCGAAGCAGACAUCACAAACUGCAACAUCAAUCUCAACCUGGUGCGCCAGCUACGUGAGGAAACAGAGGGGCGGAUGGCUGAGUGCAAGGAAGGUGGAGAUGCGAGGUCGCUUGGCCUGUACCGCUGUCAUCUGUGCUCGACACUGUUUGACACCCGCGAUGAGCUCAAGACCCAUGUGAGCACUCAUGCCGAGGACAACGUUCAGAAAGGCCUCAGCUGCGGCCACUGCGAGAUGACCUUCUCUCACAGGCAAAACUUGGUUCGGCACCAGUCCGUCCACUCCACCGAGAAGCAGUAUCUUUGCCGGCACUGUGGUAAGAGCUUCCCGUCGCUGGCCAACCAGAAAAGACACGAAAAAAUUCACGAGAAUCUGAACUUGCCCUACCCUUGCAAGCUGUGUGCUGCGACCUUCAUGCAUGGCGUUCACCUCCAGAAGCAUCUAAAGAAGCUACACUUUGAACGUCUACAUCUGUGCAAUCUUUGUCCCCGGUUCUUUCUAGAAAAGCAGCAGCUAGAGCAGCACUCGCGAAUCCACCGGGUGGAUGAGGAUGAACUGCCCCCCAAGAAGUGCAAGGUGUCAGACUCGAGGGCUGUGUUUAAGGGCAAGCGUGGUAAGAAUUUUGACUCAGAGCUCAAGUACUCUUGCAGCAUCUGCAAGAGACGGUUUGCAACAUACCUCAACAUGUGCCGCCACAAGAAGGCUGCUCAUGCGUCGGUCCAGCAGGAGAGACGCACGCGGUCCCUGCAGCUGCGCAAAGAGCCUGUGAACAUGCGUUCCCGGACGAAGCCAGUCGUGAAAGAGAUGUCCGAGGAAGAGUUCUACACGACGAUUGCUCACCGCAUCUCUGAGAAUUUGCUCUACCACCUGGAUGGCAAGUCCUCGCAGCUCAAGAUUAGACAGGACGAGUGUGCCUUUCCUGAAGAAAAAAGCCCCAAGGCCAACGUCCAGUGGAGCAUGCACAACUUCCCGGCAGCCUUCGACAUUACUCAGAUGAUGCAGAUCUACUCCAAUCGUGUGCCUUCUUCUGGCAGCAACCCCAUAUCCAACGAUGGCUCAGAGAACAGCGACGAGACAGAGUGCCUUUUUGUUGGCGACAUCCAGCAGCGGGACACCCAAGAACAGAGGGCCAAUGGUGUCGUCCAGCCAAAGCCCAAAGACACCGUGAUUGGACGCCAUGUGCCUGUGACUUUUAUCUGUUUGGUUUGCACCGAGAAGUUUAGCUCUUUGCAGUCCAUCGAAGAUCACAAGAUCAACAACCACCCCAAUGUUCUUUGCACUCACAUGGAGUUGGAGGGAGAGAGAGAAGUGCCGCCGGAACUUUGCUGGAAGUUCAUGAGCCCUGUUGGGUUCCUUCACUACAAUGCGGUGGCCAGCAGUCCAAAAUCCGAAGUGCCUCCUAGCACACCAGAGGAGCGCCUUGAAUGCACCAAGUGCCAUUCACACUUCGCCUCCCGUCUGGACCUUCAUCAGCACAUUCUCGACUGUGGCAGCAACUCCGAUUUCCAGAGGCAGCUUACCAAGGGACACAGUGUCCACAGCCGUUUAGGGUGUUCAGCAAGAAAGCCCGCCAGCCCUGUCAAGCCGUCCUACGUGAAAGGGCGGAGGAGACUUCAUGUGGGUACCAGUCCAACAAACGAACCCAAACGACCGUGCAAAGAAAGCUCUCCUCUUGAAAGCGAGGAGGGUGCACUGGAUUUAAAGAUGCGUGUCUCGAGUCCUGUCCAGCAUUCCGUCUCCGAGGUGGUUCUACUGGAAGACAAUGAGACCCCAGAAAAAGAAGACGAUCUAGAUGCUUCCGUUGUGGUAUGCAAGAGCACCACUACAGCAGAGGACAGAGAGGAUUCUAUUGUAAUCUCUGGUCAGGAGGACAUUCUCAAGGCUGUCUCCAAAGAAAAGGACAGCAUAGGAGGUGAAUCAAGGGAAGAGACAAUUGUAAUUAAGGCUAAGGUUGUGGGAAAAGAGGCAGCUGUUUCACAUUCACCCGGUUACGUGCAUCAUUCUAGUCUUGGGGAGUCAGUCAAAGAUGAUACUGAUGACUUCCCUAAAGAAGCAGCUGUAACAAGCAAAAAGAAGAAUAUUGAAGGAGUGGAGGUCCUUAAAACUGUGGCAGCAGGAAGCAAAAAAACAGUAGCAAAGCGAGAAAAAGCAGAGGAAGAAGACAAAGCGGAAGCUGACCUCUUCGAUUACACCGAGGGUGAAAGUGCACCCUCCCCCGCUGCUGGCCAUGGAAGGAGGAUCCUGAGAAGCAAGACUGCUGCGGCCAGUGGCAUGUCCAAUGCAUCUUCGUCCUCUCUUGUGAAUUCACACACCUGCAGCACUUGCAAGAGGAGCUUCACUUAUCUGGCUAGUCUCAAGAAGCAUCUCAGGGACAUAUGUCCCAAUAAGAAAGUUGCAGGCCAGAGGGUUACUAAGCGACGCAAAGGGGGCCGGGGGCAGAAGAAAGAUAGCAGCUCAGUUGAUCGCCGGGCUCCAUGCAUCUCAUCUCAGGAAAGCACUGACUAUGCAGUGAAGAAGGAAACUUUGGAAGUAUUAGGCUGUCGCUCUGAGAGCCCUAUCAUGCUUUGCGAAGAGACAGACACGAGAGGCCUCGAGCUGCUGGCCAAUGCCUCUAGUAUGGACAGUGCUCUCCCAAGUCGAACACCACUCACUGGCAGUGAGAUGACCUGGGCAUCUGAGUUGGAUGACAGGGCAACUAGAUGUCUGGGAGAAGGCAUCGACGCCAAGGGGUCUGCACUCGUCCCCAAGGUGAAAGAAGAAGAUGAGGAACGAGCUUCUGAAGUUGCAGAUAUUGAUGUGAAGCCAGGCCAAAGACCCUUUGCUCAAGAACACUCGUGCCCCUACUGUCUUCACUCAUUUGCAUACCUGUCCAACUUCCGGAAACACCUCCGUGAGGUCUGCCUCCUGAAGAAAAAGAAGCUCAAUGCAAAGAAGGGGGCUUCGGAGGAGGCCACCACCUUGACUCCCAAGCCACCUCAGGCGGAUGAUGGACGUCCCCCGCUGGAAAGGGCUGAUGCAUCGAAUCCUUCAAGCAUGUCCUUCAAGGGCCGCAUUGAAAACUCGGUCAUCAAUCUGCUGCGGAACCAGUCGAAACAGGUGGAACUUAUAGGAACACAAACAGGCACAGUCAAGGACCAGCCAGGAGGUGCCAACCAUUCGUCGCCAAAUUUCAUGACCUUCUCUUGCCCGGUGUGCCACAAGAUCUUUCUGUCCUAUGUGAAGAUGCUGCAGCAUCGUCUGUCACACAAACUCCAGACAGAUGAGGCUCCCUUAAAGGAGGAGCGGCUGGACGAGAUGGGGCCCCCUCAGGAAACGGACCAGUUGUUGCCCUUGGAGGAAAAACUGUCCGUUCCCAACACGGACAUUCCGGAAAACCUAGAGGAGGAUUCAUCGGUAUCUGCAAUUGCUGUUGGGGCAAAGGUGGGGGAGAACAGAACGGACGAAGACCAUCGCUUUGACGAAAUCAUGGUGGGUCUGCGGGGAGACGACAUCAAAGAAGAGACGGAAAAGGAUGGCAGCCAAGACGAAACCAAGCGAGAUGAACACAAUUAUGCUGUGUCCCUGGCAGAACUUGACAGUCUUCCUGAGGAAGAGGAAGAUGGUGAGGUUGAAGAGCUGAAAAAGGAAACUCCGGAGCCAGACAAUGCUGCUGGUGAGAGUGAUCCUGAAGCCAAGGAUGCCAAGCCCUCUUCAAGCAAGAAGGGUGCUGCUGCGGCGAAAAAGGGUCACCAGGUUCACACCCAAGCGGUUGUCUCCCAAGGUGGGGCUCCGUCGGAAGGUUCGAAAGCCCCCAGGAAGGCCUAAAGGCGUUUCCAAGGACAAGCAAUAACUGCAUCUAUCUUUUUGUUUUUUCGAUUCAUGCUCAAGCCAGCCUGAUGCAUUGAGGAUUUGUUUGGUGGCUGCUCGAUUAUUGCCUUGCCUCGAUCUGCAGAGCAAUACUUCACCAAAGCAUAGCAUGACCUGGGGUUUUGAUGACAAAUUGUUUUGUGCUCAAAGACUCCUCACAUGUUAAGAUUGUUUCCUGCCCCAUCUCUCAAACAAUGUUCUUGAGAUAGGCUGCUCAAUAGAGGUGUUUUUGUCGUAACAGUGGAACCGAAAGAGUGUUCCUCUGGAGAAGUGUUUUGCAAAUAUUGUUUAGAAUCGUCAUGGCAUUUUUUGGGUUCCUGUGAAAACUUGAUUUCAGGUGGCAACAAUCACAUUGUAUCUCUUUCUUGUUUGUUUUGUUUAGACGUUUGUAAAUAUAGUGUUUCUUAUUUAUGUCACUUUAAACUAUAUGACAUGAAGUUGGAUUGUGAAUAUGUUUAUUUAAUCUCAGAGACGAUUUUGCUUAACUGCGAAGUUGCACUAUAGGUGUACUUAUUAACACACAUUUUGGCUUUGCAUCUGUGACUAACAUACUUUUUAUUGUCCUUACAGUUGCAUUUGUUUCUGAAUGUGUAAAAAAAAUCACAACACAUAUAGCAUAAUACCGCGCCUGCCUCGUGAGUGCCUUCUAUUUUAACAGGUUCGUUCAAAGCCAAAUGAUGUCAUGUAUUGAAUGCUCAUUAUCACAUCAGAAUUUAAAUGAUGGCAUCCCAAAUAGUGCAUAUGUGCCGCCCGUGUGCCUUAUGAAGAUACAAUCAUUUUAGACAGAAUUUACUAUUCAAGUUGAAAAAGCUCCACAACUUUUUUUUUACGAAAGCAUAAACUGCUUCUGUGUUGAAACCGUGUUUUGAAACGAGAGUGAAAUAUAUAUUUGAGUCGAAAUAUUGAAAUAAAGAUGGCUUCGGUUGAAUCGCCCA